CAGGAACCGGCCCCCAUGAGGCAGGAACCGGCCCCCAUGAGGCAGGAAGUCCCAAUGAAGAGACUAUUAAAAGGGGCCGGCAUUGUGUUGAAUGCUUUACAGCCGUCCUGGGAGGGAGGCGCUGUCAUUACCCCCAUUUUAUAGCUCAGGGAACCGAGGCGGGCAGAAAAGAAAAGAACUGACCAGGGUUCCACUGGGGCAAAUUUUGAACAAAGAUCUUCUGCACUCCACCGUGGCGCCACCUAGCGGCCUCCUUUGGGACGUGUCCCGUCGUGCCCCAGAAGCCUGGCCCGCAGCUGGAAGUAGAACCUUCUGCCCUCGCCCCUCCUCGGAUCGGAGGCUUCUCCCCAAACGUGCCCUUCCCGAGGGCGCUCUGGCACCCGCUGCCGUGCGAACUCCCCCAGCUUGCCCCUCCCCCCAGCUCCUUUUCGGGGUUGGCUGUUUCCUUAGUCAUCUCGGGGUCCCGGGGACCCUUUGGGGGGUUUCCUGGCAGCGCCCCUGGCGGGGUUUGCCCUCUCCUCCCGUCUGAGGACUUGGCCAGGAUCUCCCAACUAGGAGGUAUCUGAGGCUGGCUGCGGAUCUUCGGCCCGGCGCCGGGGCGCUGUGGCGCCGCCUAGCGUCGCUUGUACGCGUGGUUUCUCCCAAUUCGAAUGGAAGCUCUCGGAAGACCAGGACGGCCUUUCCCGGGGUUCUAUGCCCGGGCUUGUAGCACUCCUGGCCAGCUAAGUCGGGGCUCACGAGACUCUCUGGAGACAAGGGGGCUCGUGGGGGCAGCUGGUCUGGCAGCGGCUUGAGCCGCGCCGGCGCAAAUAGGGGCGGGCUGGCCGCGAUCCAGAGUUCCCUGGCUCGGGUCUUUGACACGCUGCCCCUUGGGGGCGGAGGGCAGAAGCGUCGCCUUCCAGAGGCCGCUCAGCCACCCAGGGGGCGCCUCUGGCGAUACUUUGUCUCCACGUUACGGCUACUUUGUGUCGGGGUUUUCCUGCGGUCGCCUUCCCUCAUCCUGCCCCCCGGAGGCAGCUCCCCGCCGGUUGUCCCUAGUCCCCUUCCCAGGGCCGGCCCGAGCAGGCGCCUAAUCCUGCUGCUCGUUCAAUGAAUGAAUAACCGAACGAAUGAAUCUCGAGUGUUAGCACUAGACUUCGGGGAGAGCCGGCGGCAGGAGGGAGGCUUGGGAAGACUUGGGGAGGAGGGGCAGCAGACCCGGUCCGAGCGGAGGGGACUCCCCGGAGGGCCACCGUGCCCUCCCCUCCCCUUCCCCCCCCUCCCCUAGAUGGCUGCUUUCUCUCUCUCUGGGCCUGCCUGGUCCGCAACCUAAUUUCCUCUUUGUCAGCGGCGAGAAGAGCCAGCCUCCCAGGCUCACAAUAAACACCCAAUCAGUGCGGGCCCUCCCCCUCUCCUCCCCCUCCCCCCUCGGGCGGCCUCACGGAGAGGCCCGAGCCGGCGGCCAGAGGAACCGGGGCCCCAUAGAAACCCCCGCGCCCUCCUCCACCCCCCCACCCCGCAGCUCCGACCCACCCCGGCCCCCUCCCUCCACUGCCUCUCGUACCCCAAGCCCUCCCCUCCCUCCCGGGUGCCGGCUCUCUCUCUUUUGCUCUCUCUCUCUCUCUCUUGCUGGCUCGCAGGCUGACGUCACCUGCCCCUGAGCCGCCCGCGCUGAUUGGCUGCGGGUGACGUCAGGGCUCUUUUUCUCUAGGCAUGACCUCAUCCUCUAAGCUCUCCCCCUCCCUCCCUGUUCCCCCUCCCCCUGUGUCCCCCCUCCCCCCGCGGCCGCCGCAGUCCUCGCUGUUCCGAGCCAGAGCCGGAGCCCCGCAGCCCGGGUCCGGCACCAUGCGCGGGCGCCCUGGCCUCUAGCCGCCCCUCGCCCACGCCCCCGCGGCAGCAUGGCUGGGGACCGGCUCCCUCGGAAAGUCAUGGACGCCAAGAAGCUGGCCAGCCUCCUGCGGCGGGGGGCCGGGGGGCCCCUGGUCAUCGACAGCCGCUCCUUCGUGGAGUACAACAGCGGUCACGUGCUCAGCUCCGUGAACAUCUGCUGCUCCAAGCUGGUGAAGCGGAGGCUGCAGCAGGACAAGGUGUCCAUCGCCGAGCUCAUCCAGCCCGCGUCCAGGAUGAAGGUGGAGGCCGAGGAGAGGCAGGACGUGGUGGUGUACGACCAGAGCACCCGGGACGCCAGCGUCCUGGCGGCCGACAGCUUCCUGUCCAUCCUGCUCAGCAAGCUGGACGGCUGCUUCCACAGCGUCUCCAUCCUCACAGGGGGCUUCGCUGCCUUCUCCUCCUGUUUCCCCGGCCUCUGUGAGGGCAAACCGGCGGCCAGCCUGCCCAUGAGCCUGUCCCAGCCCUGCCUGCCCGUGGCCAGCGUCGCCCUGACCCGCAUCCUUCCUCACCUCUACCUGGGCUCCCAGAAGGACGUCCUUAACCAGGACCUGAUGACCCGCAACGGGAUAAGCUACGUCCUCAACGCCAGCAACUCGUGCCCCAAGCCGGACUUCAUCUGCGAGAGCCGCUUCAUGCGCAUCCCCGUCAACGACAGCUACUGCGAGAAGCUGCUGCCCUGGCUCGACAAGUCCAUCGAGUUCAUUGACAAGGCCAAGCUGUCCAGCUGCCAGGUGAUCGUGCACUGCCUGGCCGGCAUCUCCCGCUCGGCCACCAUCGCCAUCGCGUACAUCAUGAAGACCAUGGGCAUGUCCUCGGACGACGCCUAUAGGUUUGUGAAGGACCGGCGCCCGUCCAUCUCCCCCAACUUCAACUUCCUGGGCCAGCUGCUGGAAUACGAGCGCAGCCUGAAGCUGCUGAAGGCCUUGAAGGCCGAAGGCGAGCCCGCGGCCCCGGGGCCGGCCGAGCCCCCGCCCGCCCCAGCCCCGCCGUUGCCGCCGCCGCCGCCAUCUACCUCAGAGCCCAGCGGGGAAGGCAGCCCCCUGGCGCCCGCCGCCAAGCCCCUGUGUGCCAGCGCUCUCCAGCAGGGCCUGCGCGGCCUCCACCUGUCCUCCGAGCGCAUCCAGGACACCAACCGCCUCAAGCGCUCCUUCUCCCUGGACAUCAAGUCGGCGUACGCCCCCAGCAGGCGGCCCGAGGCCCCGGGACCCCCCGACCCGGGCGAAGCCCCCAAGCUCUGCAAGCUGGACAGCCCGUCCGGGGCGUCCUCCAGCCCGGACAGUCCCGACCGGCCGGGAGCCGGGGCCGAGCUGCCCCCCGAGGUCAAGCCCCGCUUGAGGAGGAAGCACAGGCAUUCAGCCACGUCCCCGGGCCACGGCCUCAGCCUGAACUUCGCCGCUACUCCCAAGUCGGGACCGGUGUCCGGCGCAGGGGAGGACAGCAGGCUCGGCCUCUCUGUCCACGGCCUACCCGGCCCCGGCCCGGGCGGCUGGGCCUUGCCCCUGGACUCCCCCGGGACGCCCUCCCCUGAGGGCCCCUGGUACUUGAACCCAGAGGGGGCCGGGGGCAACGGGGGGCCCCCGGCCCUCUUCCCCUCGGCGGCCUCCUUCGGCCUGGCGGGCCUCCAGGGCGGUGGCGCCGCGGACCUGAGACUGAGGGACAAGGCCCGAGCGGAGCCCCGGGACGGCAGGCACAGCUGGCACGAGGACCCGGGGCCCGACAAGGCCUUCAAGCGCAGGAGCUGCCAGAUGGAGUUUGAGGAGGGCAUGGAGGGCCGGGCGCGGGAGGACCUCGGGAACAUCGGCAAGCAGGCCAGCUUCUCAGGAAGCAUGGAGAUCAUCGAGGUGUCCUGACAGCUACGGGCAGGGGGGCCGAGGUGGGGGGUGGGCGGGGCGGGGGGAGGGGUUAUUUAUGAGUCGGGCGGGCUGUGCCCGGAGCACCCCGCCUUCGGAGGAGCCGCUCAGGGCCUCCCCUGUGGCCUCCCGUGGCCUGCCUCCGGGCAGGUGGGUCCUCCAGGGGGCGUGUGGGCUAGGAAGGCCGAGGAGGGCCCCUCGCCGCCACGGGCGCCCCGGGACGGCCGCCGGGGGCUUUUUUAUUUAUUGAAGCUGUUCAUUCUGGCAAUGACUCGCCGCUCACAGGGCCCCGCGCCCUGUUUUUACUGUACGGUAUUUAAAUCGAAACACACGUUUCUAAGCAAUACGAGGCCGCCACCUGGUUCCCUUUGGUAGCACCUGGGGCAGAAGGCACAUGGGGCCCAGCUCCCCAGAACCCCCCCCCCCCAGAGGCUGCUUUCAUGCACUUUUUACAUAAGAAAAAGGAAAAAGGAAAAAAAAUCUUGCCACAAACUGAGCCGCGGAACCUCCCGCUCCCCCCACCCAACCCCGUACCUCCCUGCCGUCUUUCCUUCUCCCCUCCAUCUUUUUUGCCGUCAGGCUGUAGCAGAGCCCAGGCCCGGCACGCGGGCAGGCCCAGGGGCCGCAGGAGGGGGAAGGGGGGCGCCGGGGGCGUUAGCCCAGGUGACAGGUGGGAAGCCCUGGGGGGGCAAUGCUGGGGGGUGGUGGUUCCUGAGCCCCCGGGGCCCCUCCUGUUUCAGGCCUGGAGUGGGGCUGCUGAGUGUGAGUGUGAGUGUGUGAGUGUGAGUGAGAGUGAGUGUGUGAGACAAGGCCGGCCCAGGGCUCCCUCUUCUGCUCUGUCUCUCCCCCCACCCCCCCAGCCAGCCCAGCAGCCUUUGGGAAGGACUGAUCUCAGGUUUACAUGGGGGGGGGCAGGCAGCUGCUCCUGGGCUGCUCUCCCACCGACACACUGGUUGGGCCCCUCCUCACCCCCCUCCGCCCUCCUUCCCCCUCCCGGGCCACAGGCUGGGGACAGUGUCUCCCCGUGUUCUCUGCCCCCCGCCGCAUGGAAGUCUCUCUGCUCCUCUGCAGAGCCCCGGCCCUUCCCCCAGCUGGCUCUCAGCCGUCGGGGGCGGUCCGGGAGAGCCCCCCCCUGCCGUGUGACCCUAAGGAAAGCGUUUCCUCUCCCCGGAGCCUCAGUUUCCUUAUCUCUGAAAGGAGAGUUUGGAGCUUCUGGCCUCUGGACCUGUAGUGCUUGGGGUUGGAGGUCUCAGUGGACCCUGGCUGUGAAGGGAGAAGGGUACUCUUGGACUGUGGAGGGAAGGAGGCUUCCAGACUCCCCGGCCUCUCUCCCUUGCCAGGACUGUGCUCAGAGGGAUCCAGCAGGUGCCGGGGUCCGGCUCCCGGCCCGCUUUGGCCCUUCCCCCCACUUCUUGUUCUGUGUGCCCGGUAGUUCCGGGAGUCCCUGCCCCGUGGUGAUGGGCAGCCGGGAGCGGGCCCCUCAUGGCCCUCCCGGGUGGGGCUGGAGAACAGCGGGGUGGGGCGGGCGUGGCCUCGGCUCUGGGGGCCUCCCGGGCGGCGGGCUCUUCUGCUCCCCAUGGAGGGCAUUCUCCCACGGAGGGCGUUCUCCCGCGGCCUCCUCUGCCCGUCCCUCUGCUGGCUCCUCUCCCAGCUCAUCCCACCCGGCUCCCCCUUUCCUCCAUCUCUUCCCCCUGUAACUGUCCCUGCCCCCUUCUUUCACUCCCCCCCAGUCUCGCUCCCAGAUAAGAAGAUAAGCUAUCAUGGUUGUAUUUGCAAUCCACGGAUUAGAGAAUUAAGUAUUUAUUAUUAAUUAUUAUUAAUUAUGUAAAUUUGCCUCCUGAUCUUUGUUGACUUGAGUUUCUCGGGCCCCGGCCCCUCCCAUCUUGUCCCCCUUCUCUCCCCGAGGUCCCCUCCCCCCUCUGAGCCACUGCCUUGUGGCCAGAUCCCCUCGGUCCGGCGCUUGGAGACUGGCGCUGUCCCUCUCCCAGGCUGGGGAGCUCUGAGGGCAGAGCUGGCCGAGGGGGCGGUGCCAGGGACCUGCUCGGGGAUCUCUGGGCGGAGAAACGCGAGGCUCCCUGGGGCGGGGGCUGGGGCUUGGCUCCUCAUGCCCAGUUCUGGGGGGCUCUGGGCUGGGCCCUCCCCCUCCUCAGAACCACACCCCCGCCAGCCCCUCUCGUUCCCCCUGGGCUCGCUGCCCUCCCCUCCCACCAUGGGCAGCCCAGCCUGGCCCCGGACUCUUGGGCCUCCUGCCUGAGGGUCCCCGCCCCCUCCAGGUCACGGCUCCCCCCAUCCCCUUCCCUCCCCCCAGGUCACGGCUGAUUGGGAGGGGCCCGGCUGCCCCCCCACCUGGUGGAGUUAUUUAUUAGUACCCGGCGGCGGCCGGCCUUCCCCCUCCCCCACUUUCCGUUCCUUUCUUUUGUAUUUGGAGACAACGUGUUGUAAUAAAGACUCCUAGAUGUUUC